AAUUUCCCAGAGACUUUGGCAUAUUUCAGUAUUUUUCCGUGUAUCGGUUAAUCUUUUUAUAUAUUCAACAGUAAUCAAAACAUUAGUUUUAUAAAAUGGAUUUAAGACUCGCAUUUCUGUGCUUUGCCGUUUGUUUUCUGGAUGAUUUGGUUGCUGAAGGACAGGACAUCGAUGAAUGCGCUUCGGCACCUUGUCUGAACGGUGCCACGUGUAUCGAUGGCGUCAUCAUGUAUGUCUGCACAUGCGCAGCAGGGUUCCACGGCGUCAACUGUGAUUCAUCGGCUCAAAUAGGAGUUACAGCAUGUUCAAAUACAUCGGACUGCGCUUCUCUUUCAAAUGCCGUGUGCGACACAAUAGUUACUCAGAAGUGCGCUUGUUUUACGUCACAGGGGUUCAGAGUCAAUAGCAACUACACGGGCUGUGACUAUGAUUGCGGGGUACUCGCAAGCCCAUCAAAUGGUGUUGUAACGUUCACAACCACGAUACAAGACUCUGUUGCUACGUACAGUUGUGAUCCUGAGUUCAAAAUUGAUGGCGUCACGACGAGAACUUGUUCUGCAGUUACAUCGAAAGGCUGGUCUGAUACAGCACCCACUUGCAUUACAGAAGAACAAAAAUACAAUGGCCUCUCCACAUUAAGUGCUCUCAUAGCUUUAUCAGGAGUUUUGGGCGUUUUGCUUCUUUGUACAGCUGCUGGUUGCUACUUGUGGAAGAGACGAACGUCUAAAUCAACAGGACAGAACUCGGAAAAACAAUUAGAUCAGCGUGAACCCGAACUUUCCUAUGAAGAGCUACAAAGACGGGCCAACGAACCAACAAACCGAAAUGCUGAAAACCACUAUACUGUGCUUUCAAUAUAAAAGUUAAAAACACUGAUUAACUUUAUAACUUGUGUAAUGGGUGUUAUGUUUAUUUACAUACUAAAACUAGGACAUAUUAAUCUUAUGUUUUUGUAUUUUUUUCUGACAGAUAUAGAGUAACAGUCUUUGUUAAAAUUCUGGUAUACUUGUAUGUUUAUUGAUUAUUUUAUUUCAUAACAAUUUGAAACGUUUAUACAUUCGUUAAAGAAUAUAUACAUAAAAUAAAUAUUGUGACGAG